AUGCCUGACCAGUGGAAGGCUGUUUUCCAGCUUUGCUGUCUUGCGCUGGCUGAGGCUGCACCCGCGCGAAUCGCCAUUUAUGGUUCGUGUGCGGCACGUGCAGAUGUUGAUGCAGAGUACAAUCUGCAAGGAGAGACUGCGAGCGGCGCCCCCAUGUACAAAGCGGUCGCAAGCGAUCUCCACAUCUACUUUGACCCCAGCUGUGAUGGCACCACCACAGACUCGAGGUGGAUCAUCAGCCACCUGUCUGGCACUCCGGACCGAAGUCUGGCCCAUGACCUUGAUGGGGAUGCGGCGUGCAACUCCGUAGCCUACAUCUCGUCCACCUCGACGGUCGCACCUCCACAAGGUUCUACCUGGACCAUGGACUGUGGCUCCACGCAAAGUGUGGAGUUGACCAUUGAGGAGGUGGAAAGAAGUGGACAGCAGAUCGCUCCGGCAUUUUUCUGCGCGUACAGCUGCGAAAACAGAGGAAAGGUGACACGCCCCGGUAGAUGCUUUGAGAAGACGGAGGUCUUCUGGACUCGUGGUGUCAGCUGGAUGCGACUUGCAACUCGCAUGUCCGAAAUUCCAGAGGGCGCGGGUGUCAACAUUGUCCCACUGACGGAGGAGUGGGCGACAUACAGUGCAGGUGACAUGACGUGGGAAGGCUGGUUCCACGUGAAAGCAGCGCCUGCAGCUGGACGGUCCAUGCUUAUUGGCACUUUUGGGACGAACGAUGCCGACAAUACGUUCAGCAACCAGAAUCGGCGACGACACGGCGCCAUUUGGUUGGAGACAGACGGCACGCUCGGACUGAGCAGCAACACUGGCGAGUCAAGUGGCUACAUUCAGGGUCCCAACGUGAUCGAUGGGAAGUGGCAUCACGUCGCUGCGAUCUGGAACCAGACAGCUGGCGGAGGUGCCCAACUUUACAAGAGUUUCAAAUUCUUGCACGUGCGCUAUUUGACCAUCGCUGGCAGAGCUGCGAUUCUCGAAGACUUGAUCGUCAAUCUGAAGGCCGCCAUGGCUCAGGAGUCGAACACGAGCUCUGAUGAUGUCUGGGUAUAUCUCAGCGAUGAGCAAGUCAUCGGGAAUGAAGGGCGCACCGCUGUGUCCAUGGUUGUCAACGUGGAGAGGAAAUCAGCCGACAUUGCCUUGGCCCGUCUUGUCCGAAGCGACACGUUCGAGGCACGUAUGAUGAAUGCCCUGAGGAUAACGACGGACAUCGCCAACUCCUACACAGGCUUGCUACCUGUGGAGAAUAAUCAGCUCAUCUACGAUAGCGUGUUCCCGACGAUGGCCUACGUUGGAAACGGGCGGUUGUUGGUAGAUAGCAUCGACUACGCUGGACGUCUCACCUACUCGCCCUUGGCAGAGAACAUCGCCGACAACGGUCAGUUCCUUGUCGGUGGCGGCCACCAGGGCCGCGCGGUGGAGUGCGAGCUGGCAAACGUGCGCUUGUGGAGUGUGGCGCUGACAGAGGAGCAGCUCCACGCUGUGCAGUCGUGCUCAUUGCCAGAGCCAGCGAGUUUCAUCGGUGGGUCCUGGCCGCACAGCCUUCACGCGGCCUGGUCCUUCAACGGCCACUUCAUCAACAGCUUUGGGCCAUUGGACAACCUGACGGAAGAGAGCGCCUGGGAGGAGCAGCUUGGAACAGGUUUCAAUAGUGCGGAUGGGAUGAAUUAUCCGUACUGGAAAAAUCUCCUCACUGGCCAGGCAGUCCAGACUUACACCAAUGAAAUGGACCACCACCUCAGCCGUCUGAACGGCGGUGACUUCAUUCGAGGUGGGCUUUGCGACUUCAGCGCCUGCCCGGCGAUCUCGCCUGAAACCCUUUGUCCUCUGGAGCGGAGCGUGGCCUUCUUCAGCACCGAGGAAUGUGAGGCCUUUGCCAGCUUCAAUUACUGCCGGCAAGCCGGGAGCACGCGCAAUCGUCCGAGCAUGCCGCACCUGGAUGGCUGCCAUUUGGGAACGUAA